AUUUUAAAAUUUCAGUGUGCCAUGCAGUGCCGUGAUGGUCGAGAUGGAUUACCAGGACCUCGCGGUGAACAAGGCCCAGUGGGACCACAAGGCCCUCCGGGCCCACAAGGGCCUCCCGGACCACCUGGAAUGGUUGUUCAGCGUUCUGAUGAGUCGAUGUCCGUGCAGCAGAGCAUACCUGGUCCACCAGGGCCUCCAGGACCACCAGGUAUUAUUCCUUUUUGCCAAGAUAGUUAUUCUAAAUCUCCCUUAUUUUUUUUUUUACUCUUUUCUACCCACAUCUAUCAAACGUCAAUUGAACUGUUCUCGUCAGCAAAAUCAGUGAAUAUCGGUACACUAGCAUUUUGCAUUUCAAGUCAGCAACUCUUUCUUCGAGUUAAUGGUGGAUGGAAAAAUGUUCGACUCGAAGGUUUUCAUCCGAUUCUUGAACAGCGUCCUUCCGUGGUAAAAUUUUUAUUUCUUCAUUCCCAAUUUCUGCUUUGGUUCGCUUCAUCAAUAGGAUACAAUAGAAUAGAAUUUCUUCAUUGUCUGAGAAAAUUACUGAGGAAUAAAAGUACAGUUAGGGCACUUCAUCUGAUUGCACUAAAUACUCCAAUGUCUGGUAAUAUGCGUGGUGUACUAGGUGCAGAUUUGGCUUGUUAUCAACAGGCACGACAGGCUGGCUUCCGAACAACAUUUCGUGCUUUCCUUUCAUCUCAAGUUCAGGAUUUGAAUAAAAUUGUGCAUUAUGGCGAUCGAGAAACACCCGUGGUGAAUUUACGUGGAGAGAAAUUAUUUGAAUCAUGGAGUGAUAUAUUUCGUAAUAUACCUAUGAAUGAUGUACCGCUAUAUUCAUUUGAUCGUAGGAAUAUUCUACAGGAUUAUACCUGGGGUAGAAAAAUGAUUUGGCAUGGCUCGGAUUCAACAGGCAGUCGGAGUGAAUCAGGUUAUUGUAAUGCGUGGAGGUCUUCAAGUCCAUCACUUUUUGGUAGUGCGUCACCUUUUGCAACAUCGAGGCCACUUCUUGGUACUUAUGAAAAUGUGGAUUACUUUUUUCAGAACAUGAGCAAAUAUAAUGUUGAUCAGCGGCUGGGAAAAAAACGAUUGCAUUUCGGUAGCUGA